GCCCAUGGCCGGCGUGAAGGCCGAGGCGGCGCUCGCCUCCGACUCCAGCUCUGCUGCGGAGAGCAGCUCGUCGCAGGACGCUGGCCAGGGGCGAUGGAACCGCUGGGCUACGCUCGUGGCCGGGAUCUUCCUCAUGCUGGUGAGCGGCUCCGUGUUCACGUUCGGCUCCAUCGGCGGCCAGGUGAAGGAGGCGCUGGGAGCCACGGAGGCCGAGACGCAGCUGAUCGGGGUCGCCGGCAACGUGGGCCUGUGGACGAACGUGGUGGGCGGGCUGCUGAUGGAGAAGAUCGGCGUGCGACCCACCAUCUG